AUGCCUCGCAAAAAUCAUAAUCGGAAAACUCAAAAUAAGUUUAACAUGAUGCUUCGUUUGGAUAAAAAAAAUAUUAAUGAAAUAAAGCAUACAGUUAAAAAAUUAAUUAAAGAACGUAAAACUUUCUUAUCACGCCAAUUGUAUAGAAAGGAUAUCUCCCCAAAAAAUUAUGAAUCGGAGAACUCUAAGCUUACAGAAUUGGAAAUUCAAGUUGAAUCACUAAUUUCCAAAGCUACACGUUUAGAAAAUGAUAAAAUUUUAUUUCAAACUGAAAACAAAGAACUCAAAGAAGAAUUACAACGCAUUUCCGAAAGAUAUGAAGAUAAUAAAACAGAACUAGAAGGAUAUUAUAAUGUUAUUCAAAAAACUUAUUCUAUAUUACAAGAAGUGUUUAAUUCAAAUGAAAUAGGUAAAAUUAAAACUUAUAUUAGACAAUUAGCAGAUCUCUGUAAAGAAAUUAAAGAAAUUUGUGAAGGAUGUGAAGAUGUUGUAAGUGGUUCGAAUAUUCCAAGUGCAUAUGCACACCCAAACAAUAUAGAUGCUUUAAAUGCUUCUGAGCCAAAAAUAGUUGAAGUCGAAGAAAAUAGAGAAGAUAGAGAACAAAAGUUUCCAUCUUUAGUUCGAGCACCCCGUUUUUAUGAGUAUCCCAAAGAUGCAAACGAUCAAGAAUUUGAUAUUUCUAAAUUUUCCUUUUAA